AUGUUCAAAAGGUUCAGAAGAAGCAUCAGAAUUGGCAGACCUGGUUCACGGAACCUUGAAGUACCAGCACCAGUCUGUCACGAAUGUGGGCAGAGCGUCAGGGAUACAAUCAGCUCUUCCAGUGCAGACGGCGCCACUACCGGACAAUACGACUCAGAUCGCGCCGGAAUGCGUGAUUCAUGGCACACCUCUACCAGCUCAGACAGCGGCUACGGUGGUAGUGGUAGCUCUCGGCAUUCAGAGCUCGACGCGCAGCUGAACUCGAGCGACGACCACCCGGCCCUCGACCACCCCGGCCUAACGAUGCCACUGCCGCUGCCGUUGCCACUCAGGCGACCCACCUACGACUCCAGCAUUUACUCAGAAACCAGCGCGUACGACCAACCAGCUGAACAGGAAAUAAUAGUCCACGAGCCAGCAGAUGCCGGGCCGCCGGUCUACGAUCACCUCUUCGACCUCCCACCCCGCACAUUCACAAACUACUCGGAAAAGUGGAAGCCCAAGUCGCGCUAUUCCAGGCUGAAUGAGCUACCCGCUGCCAGCCCGACGGCGAUGGCGUUCCCGGACGAUGUCAUGGACGUGGAGAGUGCUGCUGAAAAGGAGCCCAGUUCGCCGCCGGCGGAAAAGAACUUGAAAAGGAGGUCAAUGGUACUGCGGCCAGCAUCGCUCAAAAGGCUCACUUCACUCCGGAUCAAAACCCAUUGA